UGGUGGGAUUUGUGACAGACAUUGGGAAUGCUGGUCUCUAGUGUCUUCAUUUUCAUUCCUCUCUCAGCUGAUUGUCUUGUGGGGGGAUAUUUUGGUCCAAUCGUCUCCCCCCUGAAAUCUCAUUCUUACAGUAAACCACUCCUCUGACAGAGGCAGCAGGCACCUUCACUCAACUGACAAAAAUAGCUCAAUGGACAGCUCUACGCUAGUGUGCUGUCAUGAAGCCCACUCCCCACCCAAUGCCAGAUCCUGCUCUGGCUAAGGGAAGAGCACACUGACACACACACAUAUAGACACCAGCGCUCGGAAAAGUACGAGAACAGCCACUUGUGUUCACACACUAUACACCUUGCUGAGCGUACUAAGAGACUAUUUUUCACACAGAUUGUGAGGAGUUACGUAAUUUCAGUGCCUACUUCAUGUGGGAAGGAGGAGAGACUGUUUAACAAGAAGUAAACAGCUGAGAAAGUACCACUCUAAGAUUGUCAUCAUGAAGUUACAUGUGGCAAUAUUUUUUGCUGGGCUCUUUGGUGCCUUGGCAACUCUGUUCAUUUUCUUGUCUUUUGGCACGGACUAUUGGCUCUUGGCAUCAGAGACCUGCAAUUCACAUGGUCUGGUUACUUUGCAGCAAGGUGGUGUUAGCGAAGUUAGCGAAGACCAGAACAUUACCUUUCAUCAUGAGGGCUUCUUUUGGCGCUGUAGUUUUAAUGAAAUCAUGAAUGAUGACGAUCUGUGGAAGUUCUGGUUUGAAAAUCAGCCACAUGCGAGGGAAUGCAAACCUGCAUAUCUUCUCCCCUUUCCGUUCCCUGACCAGUUCUACAACACUACCAGCUAUCAGACUGCCAUAAUCUACAGAGGUUUCUGGAGCGUCUCUAUGUUGCUGGGUGUGGCUGCUGUGGUGGCCGGCGGUUUCAUUAUUAUUUGCGCAGCUCCAUUCGCCAGUCAUCGCCUAUAUAAAGCGGGAGGUGGAUUCUACCUUAUUUCUGGUUUCUUCCUUCUCGUUGUCACUGUGAUGUAUGUUUUGUGGUUAGAUGUUUUGGAUGUAAUAAGCUUGUAUAAGGAAUAUCAGAAGUCGAAUAAGUGCCCUGAUUUUGAGCUCAAUAUGACGUAUGGCCUCUCUUUCAUGUUUGCUCCUGUGGGCGUGUUCUUCUGUCUUCUGUCUGGUCUUCUCUUCCUAGUGAUUGGCCGUUCAGUCCAAAAUCAUUGUAACUGAACCUCAUGAAUGGUUUCAAAACAGUGCUCAAAAUGCAUUAAAGGGAUUGUUCAUUACAAAAUGAAACUUUCAUCAUCGAUUACUCACUGUCAUGUCGCUGAACACAAAAGAAGAUAUUUUGAAGGAUGUUUGUAACCAAACAGUUGACAGAAGCCACAGUAUUUUUUUCCAUACUAUGAAUGUCAAUGACUGCUGUCAACCGUUUGGUUUCCAAAAUUAUUCAAAAUAUGUUUUCAUUUUUGGGUGAACUAUCCUUUUAAUUAUCUGCAGCUAAACUGGAUGCGCUGACUUUAUGACAAGUUGGGGUGUUAUUUUUCAUUUUUCCUUUUGCAAAUAUGACUUCAGUAUUUGGCCAUCAUGUGUGCUUUAAACAUUGAUCAUGGAUGAUUUGGGAACACUUAAUGUAUGUAUGGGUGUUUGUGUGAGUAUAGUACU